CUAGUUGGAGUUAAAACUGUAAGCAACGAUGGCUGAUUCGAGAUCCGUACUUAGUAGCAGUGAAGUGGCUUUCCCCAGAGGUGGGUCCACUGCCUUGACUCCACUUGAAGUCAAGGAGAUUUCAAACGAAGCUACCAAAGACGUAUUAUUUGAAGCAUCAAAAGCCUCUAAAAGAUCAAGUUCGAGUACAUCGACUCAACCAAAUAAGAAGUCAAAGAAGAAAAAGAAUGUGAAAUCAGAAGAUAAUGCUGAUGAUGAAUCAUCUGUUCAGAUUGAAAACUUUAAUUUUAAGAAUAUUAUACCAGGAUCUCUUGUUCUAGGACAAAUCACAGCUAUUGGAAAAUUAGAUAUUACUUUAAGUAUCGGAGAUAAUUUAGUAGGAUUUAUACCUAUCACAUCUAUUUCUGAAGAAAUAACUUCUCAGUUAGAAAGCUUUGAAGAAGAAUCUGAAGAAGAAAGUGAAGAAGAAGCAGAAGCAGAAGCAGAAAAUGAAAAUGAAAUUCAAACAGCUACUUUAAAGACCAAGACUAAAGAAUUUCCUGAUCUUAAACAAUUAUUUAAAAUUGGACAAUGGUUAAAAGCUAAAGUUGUUCAACCUAAUGAUUCUAAAAAGAAGAAAAUUCAAUUUAGUAUAGAAGCCGAAGUAGUUAAUAGUCAUUUAGAAUUAGAAGAUUUAACGGUUGGAAAUAUUCUUCAAGGAUCAAUUAAAUCUAUUGAAGAUCAUGGUAUUAUUUUAAGUACUGGUAAAUCAGGUUUAGCUGGAUUUAUAUCUAAUAAAGAGAUUCAAAACUCUCCUAAUUUAGAAUUAGAAGAAUUAAAAGUUGGUCAAGUGUUAUUAACUAGUAUUGCUGCUAAAGCUUCAACUAGAUCAAUUACUUUAAAACCAAUUCAAAAUGCUAAGAAAAUUUCCAUAACUUCUAUUUCAUCAGUGGAUGCUAUUCAACCAGGUAUAAUUGUUGAUGCUUUAGUUUCUGAUAUUACUAAGAAUGGUUUAGUUACUAAAGUUUUUGGAUUAGUUGAUGGUACAAUUAAUUUAUCUCAUGUUCAAAUAUUCGAUCUUCAAGCAUUAAAACAUAAAUAUACUAUUGGUAAUACUAUAAAGGCCAGAGUUUUAGCUGUUAUUCCAAAAGCUGGAACUAAGAAAUUAAUUUUAUCGGCUUUACCUCAACUUCAAUCCCUUUCAUCAAUUGAAAUUGAAAAUCCUUUAGAAGCUUUCCCAAUUGGUCAUGUAUUUGAUGAAGUUACUAUUGUAGGUACUGAUCCUAAUUAUUUAUAUGUCAGUUUUGGUUCUUCAACACUUUUUGGUCAAAUUCAUAAUUCUAAAAUUGAUUCUAAUAAAUCACUUGAUAUUGAUUAUACUAAAUCAACUAAACAUAAAGCUAGAGUUCUUGGAUUUAAUUCUAUUGAUAAUGUAUUAAUCUUAACAUUACAACCUGAAGUUGUUGAUGCAAAAUAUUUACAUUCUUCUGAUAUUCCAAAUGGUACAUUAGUAUUAUGUGAAAUUCUAAAAGUUUUACCAGAAAAUGGUGGAAUUAUUAUUAAAUCAGAUCAAGGAUUUGAAGGAUUUGUUAGUGGAAUUCAUAUGUCAGAUGUAAGACUUGUAUAUCCUGAACGGAAAUUUAAAACAGGAACUAAAGUUAAAGGUAGAGUAUUAUAUAAAAAAGGUAAAAAUUUAAUAAUUACUUUUAAAAAAUCUUUAGUUAAUAUUGAAGAUGAAGAUGUACUUUGUAAUUUUGAAGAUGCAAAAAUUGGACUGAAAUCUCCUGCUACUGUUGAAAAAUUUGUUCAUGGUGGAGCUAUUGUUUCAUUCUUUGGUACAUUAAAAGCUUUCUUACCUAAAAAUGAAAUUUCAGAAACUUUUGUAGAUAAAGCUAGUGAUUAUUUAAAAUUAGGUCAAACGGUUAUUACUAAAGUUUUAGAUAUUAAAUCAGAUCAAAAGAGAAUAAUAGUAACUUUAAGACAAUCAUCAGAAUUAUCUAAAUCUCAAAAACUUUCUAUUGAUGAAUUAAUUCCUGGUAAAUCAAUUAUUCAAGUAUCUGUAGUUGAAAAGGCUAAAGAAUCUAUUAUUGUUGAAUUACAAGAUUCAAAUUUAAGAGGAGUAAUCUUUUCAGGUCAUUUAUCCGAUGGUAAUUAUGAACAAAAUAGAGCUAUACUUAAACGAUUACCAAUUGGUGAGAAAUUACAAGUACUUGUUCUUGAAAAGGAUUUAAAAGCUAGAACCAUUAUUGUUUCUGCUAAGAAAUCAUUAAUUGAAGCAUCUAAACAAAGUCUUGUUCCAGGACAAUUUAAAGAAAUAAAGAUUGAUGAUAAAAUGUUAAAGGGAUUUAUUAAAUCUGUAACUAAUAUGGGAUUAUUUAUUUCAUUUGCUGGGAAAUUAACUGGUUUAGUAUUGGCUAAAUAUGCUACUGAUAAAGAAAAUGAAGAUUUAUCAUCUAAAUUUUAUAAAUAUCAAUCAGUUUCAUGUCGAGUAAUUAGAAUUGAUGAAGAAAAUAAAAGAUUUUUAUUAUCUUUAAAGGAUACUUCUGGUUCUAAUGAUUCUGAACCUACUAUAAAUCCAAUUGAUACUACUAAACAAACCAUUAGUGAUUAUAGUCCAGGAAUUAUUACUAAAGCUCUUAUUAAAUCAAUUAAGGGAACUCAAUUAAAUGUUCAAUUGGCUGAUAAUUUACAAGGUCGUAUAGAUAUUACUCAAUGUUUUAAUUCUUGGGAAGAAAUUAAAGAUAAAAAACAACCAUUAUCACAAUUUCAUAAGGGACAAAUAAUUGAUGCAAAAAUUUUAGGAUUUCAUGAUGCAAAAAAUCAUCGAUUUUUACCAAUAACUCAUCGUAAAUCUAAUAAGAAUAUAAUUUUAGAAUUAUCUAUUCUUAAAAAGGAAUUAACUACUUCAACUCAUGAAGAAUUAAAAUUAUCAGAUAUAUCUAUUGGAUCAGAAUAUCUUGUUUUUGUUAAUAAUUUAGCAAGAGGUUAUAUUUGGACAUCUAUUUCUCCAUCAAUUAAAGGUAGAAUAUCAUUUAUGGAAUUACCUAAUGAUAUAACAUCAUUUGAAGAUUUAGAUAAUCAACUUCCAAUUGGUACUGCCCUCAAGGCCAUUGUUAAAGAUAUUGAUAAUGAACAUCAUGUUGCAAAUUUAACUACUGGAAAGGAUAAUAUUACUUCAAUAAAAAAUCUUGAAAUUGGUAAGAAAUAUCCUUCAAGAGUUUUAAAAGUAAGAGAUAGUUAUGUUUUAGUUGAAUUAGGUGAUAAUGUCGUUGCAUCUGCUUUUAUAACUGAUGCCUUAAAUGAUUAUAGUGAAAAAUUAGAAAAUAUAUUUCAUGCUAAUGAUUUUGCUAUUGCUACUAUAUUAAAUAUAGAUCAUAAAGCAGAAAAAGUGGCUGUUUCUUUAAGAACUUCUGAAGCUACUGAUAAACUUAUUAAUUCUAUAACUGAUUUAAAUAGAGGAGAUGUUGUUAAAGGGUUUGUUAAAAAUAUAGCCAAUAAUGGUGUUUAUAUUGCAUUAGGUAGAUCAGUUCAUGCUUUAGCAAGAGUAUCUGAUUUAUCUGAUUCUUAUUUAAAAGAUUGGAAAAAAUUCUUUAAACCUCAUCAACAAGUUAUUGGAAAAAUUUCUGCUUGUAAAGAAGAAGGUCGUAUUUUAAUAACUUUAAAGGAAACUGAAGUAAAUGGUGAAUUAAAUUAUUUAAAGAGAUUUGAAGAUUUAGAAGUUGGUCAAGUUUAUGAAGGUUCUGUUAGACGUGUAACUGAAUUUGGAGUUUUCGUUAAAUUAGAUGGUACUGUAUCUAUUUCUGGUUUAUGUCAUCGUUCUCAAAUUGCUGAUACGGUUGUAGAAAAUCCAUCAAGUUUAUUUGGUGAAGGAGAUCGUGUUAAAGUUAAAAUUUUACAAGUUGAUCAAGAAAAGAAGCAAUUAUCUUUAGGUAUGAAGGCUUCUUACUUCACUGAAACUUCUUCUGAAACUCAAGAAGAUGUUGAAAUGGAAGAUGCUGAAAGUGAAGCUGAUGAAGAAGAAGUUUCUGAUGAUGAAGAUGAAGAUGAUAAUGAUGAAGUUCUCGAUGAAGAUGAAGACGAAGACGAUGAUGAAGUUCUUGAUGAAGCCAACUUUGAUGAUAAUGAUAGUGAUAAUAGUGAAGAUGAAGAUGAAGAUGAAAGUUCUGAAUCCAGUAAUAAAAUCAGUGGAUUAUCUACCAAUGGAUUUGAUUGGACUGCUUCGAUUUUAGAUCAAGCUGAAGCCGAUGAAUCUUCGUCUGAUGAAGAAGACUUUACUCAAGAAAAGAAGAGAUUUAAAAAGACUCAAAGACGUGUUGAAGAUAAAACGGCUGAUAUUAAUACUCGUGCUCCACAAUCUGUUUCUGAUUUUGAACGUCUUUUAAUUGGUAAUCCAAGUUCAUCUAUUUUAUGGAUGAAUUAUAUGUCAUUCCAAUUACAACUUAGUGAAAUUGAUAAAGCAAGAGAAAUUGGUGAAAGAGCUUUAAAGACAAUUAAUUAUCGUGAAGAAGCUGAAAAGAUGAAUAUUUGGAUUGCUUUACUUAAUUUAGAAAAUACUUUUGGUACUGAUGAAACUUUAGAAGAAACUUUUAAGCGUGCUACUCAAUAUUUAGAUUCAUUUGUAGCUCAUCAAAAAUUGGUUGGAAUUUAUACUAUGUCAGAAAAGUAUAAUAAAGCUCAAGAAUUAUAUAAAGUUAUGUCUAAGAAAUUUGGUAAGAAUGUCAAUGUUUGGGUUCAAUAUGGUUCAUUCUUAUUAGAUAGAAAAGAUCAUGAAGGUACUCGUGAAGUUUUAGCUAGAUCACUUCAAGUAUUACCUAAAAGAGAUCAUAUUGAAGUGGUUAGAAAAUUUGCUCAAUUAGAAUUUUCUAAAGGUGAUGCAGAACAAGGUAGAUCAUUAUUUGAAGGUUUGGUUACUGAUGCUCCAAAACGUAUUGAUAUUUGGAAUGUUUAUAUUGAUCAAGAAAUUAAACUCGAUGAAAAAUCUAAAGUAGAAGAAUUAUUUGAAAGAGUAUUGGCUAAAAAGAUUUCUCGUAAACAAGCCAAAUUCUUCUUUGGUAAAUGGUUAUCUUAUGAAGAAGAAAAAGGUGAUGAGAAGAUGAGUGUACGUGUUAGAGCUAAGGCUACUCAAUAUGUUCAAGAUCAUUCUAAGGAAGAAUAGUCUUAUAUCUCAUAUCAUCAUUCUGCACAUAGUUAUAUAGUAUAAGAAUCAUUACCAAAAUUGUAUAUUAAAUUUUAAAAUAAAUAGCAUAUAGAUUAGUGAUUUUCCUGUAGCUAUACAAAAGAAAAAGACUGCAA